UUCGUUCAAUCAUUUUCAAGCAAGCAGCUAAAAUAUAAAUCAGCUUUUGAAACCCUCUAUAUGAAGCUAGGUUGGGCCCUUUAUUGGUUCAUAAAAAAAAAAAAGCUGAGCUGAUCUGCUUUGGUGUUUGAGAAUUGUAAGAUGUCUGAGCAGGGAAGAGGCAGUGCAGGAACCAUUGGGGUGGUGGUAGUUUUAUGCCUAAUGGUUCAGUUGGGAUGCAGCAACGCAGCCACUUAUAGGGUCGGAGAUUCUGGUGGCUGGAGCUUCAACACAGAUAGCUGGCCCAAUGGAAAGCAAUUUAGAGCCGGCGAUGUGCUUUUGUUCAACUAUGAUCCAAAACUGCACAAUGUGGUAGCUGUGGACAAGGGUGGCUACAGCAGCUGCACAACUCCGAAGGGUGCAAAGGUGUUUAAAUCCGGAAAGGACCAAAUAAGGCUAGGGAGGGGACAAAACUACUUCAUAUGCAAUUUUCCAGGGCAUUGCCAGUCUGGGAUGAAGAUUGCUAUCAAUGCUGUCUAGCUAUGGAUAUAUACAAUAUCAUCCUGAGCUACUAAAUUCGUAUCCAUAUGUAUGCUCCUUUGUACUCUUUUUAGAUAUUCCCAACCUGGCAACCAAAGUUCACGGACUUGCAUUAAAAUUUGUCUCGGUGAGCUUCUCUUCAUGUGUAUGGUCCAACUUUCCAUCAUAAUAUCGUUUUAUUUUUA